GCUCAUCAAAGUGAAUAGACACUAAUUAAAUAAUCAAGGAGAGAUGCCAAAAUUAAGACAAGAGAGGACCCCCUAAAAAUAUUCAGGUUCAACUGUAUUAUCAUCACCUACCUAUUUAUGACUAUUUUUGUUCUUCUGUAUCUAUUUAUAUAAUAAAUAAUAAGAAACAAAGAAGAGUGAAGGUGUGAUUAAUAAGAGGCAGAGGCAGAGGCAGAGACAGAGAGAUAGAUCUUCUCACCUAUCUUAACUUGUCUGACACCGACACUUAUCCGUGCCCUCUUAAACCCUAUCUUUUUCUCAACUAGCUUAUGCCUAAUCUCACCAUUAAUCUUGUCAUUACGCAUCAUCUCCUUCCUUUAUUGGAAACUCCGACUUCUCCUGGAAUCGUACCCGAUUUGAAUUUUCUCGAGAUAAAAUAAUUACAGUACAAAAAAUUUCUCAUCUUCUUUCUCCGUCUUGUCGGUCACGUUUUUGUCCUCGUAGCUAAAAAAAUCAGCUUUUUAGAACUCCACAAGGUGAGAGCUUGAGAUAUGCAGAAGAAACGAGAGAUCUGUGAUUAUAGAGAAAAAUUAGACAAGACCUUGUCUUCUCCUGAACUCACCAAUCAUGAGACUCUCAAAUCUCUUCUCAGAAACCAGCUUCAAGAGUGUGAUGAGAAUAUAUUGGAUAAAAGAACAGAUGAUGUAUCCAAGUUACUUAGCAAGCUUAGGAGUGUUUCAAUGACGGAUCAUCAAGUUUCUAAAUUAACCAAUGAUGGUGAUUGGAAAUGUUUGUUUUGCAGUUGAAACAUGAUCUUGAAGAUUGCCGUGUUAUGUACCGUGAAGGGCUCGAUGGAAGUCCUUUUCACACGUUACUUGUUGAAGGUUACAUGGAUGGGCCUAUCCACGAAUGUUUAUGCGUAUCGUGGGAAUCAACUCUCUACAAGAAAUGGUGGCCACAGUAUGCAUUUCCUCCAUUCAGGAUCUUAAAAAGCACAUGCUUGCAAAAGGUCGGGGUCGGUGAACAAAUUUGUUUAGCGAGGAUGAAGGUACCAUGGCCAUUGACGGAAAGAGAGAUGAUUCUGCACUAUUUCUUUUUUGAAUACUUUAAAGAUGGCUUAGUCGUCAUCCUUCUGAACACGAUCUCUGAUUUAGAUAGCAUUGGAGUUUCCUCUAAGGACGUCGUCAUACCUGAAUCACCGGAUGCAGUGAGGAUGGAUCUUGUAGGCGGAUUUGUUUUACAAAAGGUUACUCCACAGAGGAGUUACUUCAGAACGAUAGGGGAUAUGGAUAUAAAGCUGGACUUGAUCCCACCAUCUCUCAUGAAUUUUAUAUCGAGGCAGCUGAUCGGCAACGGUUUCAGACUAUAUAAAAAGUCAGUUGCUUCCGUAGCUAAAUUUGAUGAAGAUUACAGUAGAGCUUUAACUGAUCCGUUGUACACUAAGAUACGUCAAGCCCUAUAUUCAACUGAUGAGGCAAUUGAGGAAGUACCAAAGUUGGAAACCAAUGAAGUGAAUGGCGAUUACCUGCCAAAGAACGAACACGAGAAUAAUGGAGAUGCUUGUGAAAAUAAACUUGUCCAUUGCAGAAGAACUGUUCCCGAGAUUGAAGAAGAAGAAGUUGAAGAUUCUGAGGAAAGUGUUUUUUCAGAGGAUGGAAAUGAAAUUGCCAAGACUCAUGUCGAUAUCAGAAGACGGUUUUGCGUCAGUCCAGAGGUAGAACAAGCUUUAGGGACGCUAGAUAGAGUAAUAUACAUGGUUAGAAAUAUAACGCCGGUCCCAGAAACCGAGGAAUUAUCGCCAAAUAGAGCAGAGGAUCAGGCAAAGCAAGUGAGUGUAUUGGAGAGCAUUGAAAGUGUUCCUCAAAAAAAAGAGUCAAUCGAUUUUAGUCAAGAAGAGAAGAGAGAAGAGGAUACAGGACAAAAGCAGGGCAUGUUAAACAAAGGUAAGAACUUGAGCUUGCAGAGGAAACGUAAAGCCGGCUGCUUUGCUUUCAGGUCUUGGCUCUGAAGGAAUUGGAAUUGUAAUUUUUUUUUACACUUAAGUUUCUUCUUCUCAGUUGCAUGAUCCAUGUAAAAGUUUGUUGAUUAUUUUUGUAAACUUGUUUUUUUUUUUUUCUAUUAAAUGAUCAUAUAUACAAAGUUGGCGAAAUAAAGAAUAAACCUUACGGU